AUGGUAUCAUUCACGAUCACAGCCUGUAAGUUGAAUAGCUCGGGUUCUAUGCUUGGAAGGGUCACAUUAGCAUUCUGCAAGAGCUGCAGAUUUAUCACAACCAAAGCUGAAGGAACAAACGUUCGGUGGUUUUAUGCUAGUGACGUUCCGAUCCGGAAGCCAUUUGAACCUACGUACUCAAUUGGCGAUAAAGAACCACAGAAAUUCAUUCCGUUUUCCAAAAAUGACUCUAUGAGACUUGAAAGAAUGUUUCAGCUGGGACUGUGUGCCGGUAGUGCUUCCAACUUAAAGCAAAUCAUGGUGAAUGAGGAUCAUCUGUUUGAAGUGGAUCUGGCGCGAAAAGAAAUGAAGCCAGCUUACUGGGAAGGACCUGUUUACGAAGUACGACGGGGACUGUGGUUUAACUCAGAACAUGUUCCAGUGAGGAGUGAUCUUGCUUCGGAACUUGAGAAACAUCGUCAAGAGUUUUUGGCGGACAAGAGCAAGCAUCAAGAGAGCAAUAAUGUCGACGGGGAACAAGGAUACCGGGAUGUUUUUAGCUUGUCCAAAAAAUACAAAGAAGGCAAAAUGGUUCUUUAUGCUGAUGAGCAGACAGCCUUCGUAGUUCCUGAGCUCUAUGGAGGGAAAAUGCAACUUAACUGGUUAAGAAGCAAUUUAGCUCAAGCAGUACAAUUUGGAGCUUAUAGAGUAGUACGGGGUGUAGAAGCUGAUAGCUCUCUUACCGCUUCCGUAAAAAAAAACGUCGCAUCAGAAGUCCAGGGUACUUCGAAGAGCCUUGGAAAGAUGACGGAUUUGAUAAAUUGGCAGAUUUUUGGCUUGCUGACGGGACUUAACCCACUUAACUCCUCUAAGGAUUCAACAAACAAGGUAAUGGAGCGGGAAGUUGAAACUGACUACACAAGAGAGAAGGCAGCGGAUAAGGAAUGGCGUUCAAAUCACAGAGAUGUGGAUCACUUGGUUUUUUGUAUACAUGGGAUCGGCCAAAACCUUGGAAAGAAAUACCAAUACGUGAACUUCGCUCAUACUGUUAAUAUUCUCCGCAAUAACAUCAAAAAGAUGUACAGCAGCAGUGACAAGCUCAAACAGGUCAGUAAGGAUAAUGGACAUGCAGAUUGGGAUGAAAAUUGCCGAACGCAAGUAAUACCAAUUACAUGGAGGAACAAGAUUGGUUUCAAUACCGACGAUUUAAAGGUUAAUACCGAGGACCCGGACCUUCCGACAUUGAGUGAUAUCACGGUAGAUGGUGUGAAACCUUUGCGAAAAGUGCUCGGGGACGUGGUUUUAGAUCUUCUACUUUAUGGAGAGUCGCACUACAAGCAUCGCAUUUUACAAGAGGUGGCAGGCCAGCUGAAUCAUCUCUACAGUUUGUACCGAGCUCGGAAUCCUAAUUUCGAUGGUAAAGUGCAUAUUCUAAGUCAUUCUCUCGGAAGCCUAUUAGCCUUUGAUAUUUUGUCGAACCAAGAUCGAUACCCGCUGGACUUUGAAGUAGAAAAUUUCUUCUCUGUUGGCUCUCCUAUAGGAGUUUUCAAGUUGAUUCAAAAGACUAAGAUCGGUCAUCUCAAAGCCAGUUCGACAGAGAAAGUCGAGCACCCGCAAUGUCAGAAUUUCUUCAAUAUUUUUCACGUCUGCGACCCUGUGGCUUACAGAGUCGAGCCCUUGAUUGACAGAUCUUUCACAGAUAUACAACCGGCCUAUGUGCCGCACUGGACAAGCAACGAUAUCACAUCUAAAGUGCUAGAAAUUGGAGGUUCGCUGAUUGCCAACGAUUCUAAAAAAGAAAACUCUACAACUACCAUGACUGACCGGCAAAUUCAAAUGUUGAAUAAGCUCAAUUAUUCCGGCAGAGUUGACUACUCCUUUUUGCCGAACUUUUUAGAAGUGGAUUUGAUUUCCGCGAUUAAAGCACAUGUAAGCUACUUCGAAGAUAUGGAUCUUGCGGCUUUUGUUCUCAAACAACUAUUAUCGCAGCAUCGCAGAGUCGAUACAGGUCUAUUGGCUCAAAAGCGAAGUGUCGUUGAAACUGACUAA